GUUUCUUGUCUAGGAGAAACUUCAUUUGAGUAUUUAAAAUGGGAUUCCUGGAUCUAUUUAUUGUGGCAUUAAGGCCAACGCUGGAAAUACUCUUAAUUACUGCUAUUGGUUUAUUUCUCGCAACAGAGCGUAUAAAUCUCUUGGGGGCAAAUGCAAGGCCAUAUUUGAAUAACUUGGUGUUCUAUGUGUUCACUCCAUCAAACCUUUUCAGCAAACUGGCUGAUACAAUUACUUUAGAAAGUUUGGUAACCUUGUGGUUCAUGCCAGUGAAUGUGCUUCUCACAUUCAUCAUAGGCUCUGCCCUUGCUUGGAUACUGAUAAAAAUCACAAGAGCUCCUCAACAUCUGCAAAGCCUUAUCAUUGGUUCUUGUGCUGCAGGAAAUUUAGGAACCUUACUUCUGAUUAUACUCCCAGCAGUCUGUGACGAGGAUAAUAGUCCAUUUGGAGAUUCUUCUGUUUGCUCUACAUAUGGAGAGGCUUAUGCUGCGCUUUCUAUGGCGCUAGGAGAAGUAUUUUUAUGGACUUAUGUGUAUGCUAUCAUGCGGUUAUCUGCAAACAAGGCCACUAAAGAAAUUGACACAAAUGACUCUACAAUCCAGGAUAUAACUUCUGAGGAAACCCCAUAUUCAGAGAUUUGCACAGAAGCUCUUCUUCCUUCAAGGGGCUGCCCCACCUCUGAGGAAUAUACAGAGCAAGUUGAAGUCCCUUCUACUGGAUGUGAAGAAAAAGCAAAGGUAUCAUUUCUGGAGAAGGCUAAGCUGCACCUUAAGAAUCUCUAUGGGUACAUUGACCUCAAAAAAUUGUUUGCACCAGCUACCAUUUCAACGAUUAUUGCGUUUACAGUUGGAAUAGUCUCUCCAAUUCAAAAGUUACUAAUUGGUGAUGAUGCUCCUCUUCGUGCAAUCUACAGUUCUGUGAGUUUGAUAGGGGAGGCAGCAAUACCCUGUAUGACAUUGUUAAUUGGAGCGAACCUUCUUAGAGGUCUAAAGAGAUCUGAAGUAGGUCCAUCAAUUGUCCUAGGGAUUAUUGCAAUUCGGUACAUUAUAUCGCCUUUACUGGGUAUUGUUAUUGUUAAGGCUGCAAACCAUUUUGGCGUGGUGGGAUCAGAUUCAUUAUAUCAGUUUACACUUAUGCUUCAGUAUGCUCUUCCACCCGCUAUGACUGUAGGUACUAUUUCUCAGUUGCUUAAGACGGGAGAGAGUGAAUGCUCUGUCAUUAUGCUAUGGACUUAUGUUGUGGCAUCAUUCUCUUUAACAAUCUGGUCAACUUUCUUCAUGUGGCUUGUUGCUUAAUCUGGAUUUCCAUAAUUCAUCUAAGGACUUACCAUCAUCAUAACACGGCAAAGCACGACAACAUUCAAAUAGCUGCCUAGUGAAACAAACCUGAAACCAGCAAUCAAAUAUUCUUCUACGUAUAUUGUUUGCAUAAAUAAUCAAAUUACUAUGAGAUGCUUACCAUUUGUUGUAACUGUUUUGAAAAUUGAGAGGAAUUGUAUAAAAUUAUCAAAAUAGAAAUAAAUUGAUGAGUUUGUUCUUUGUUAAAA